GGGAUGGGUAUUAGACUGCAGGGGUGGUGAUGUCUGACUCAUGUGGUGUCAUUUGGUGGGUCAUUACUGUUUCCUGGUUAACUUCCUGUGGUUGUCCAUGUGUCUUCCUUCACACAUGUUGACUCUCUCUCAGCACAAAAUGGAGAUGUUUCUUUCUGCUGUGAUGCUUCUUCUGGUUGGUGUCCAAACAGCUGGGUCACCUGUGUCUGUGUUCAGACCCACUGGAGGAUCUGUCACUCUGGAGUUCCAGGGACACCUGCAGCUGGAGAAGGAGGAUGUCGAUCUCAUACAGUGGUACUUUGGUCAAGAAAAAAUAAUGAAAUAUGCACCUCUGAGAGACUCCAAUACCAUAUUCACCUAUCAAGACAGAGUGGAGUUUAAUAAAGAGACCUUCUCUCUUGAGCUGAAGAACCUGCAAAAGAAUGACAGUGGACUCUACAGCAGAGAGAUCAUUGCUAGAGAAACAUAUGUUGUGGCUGAAUACAGGCUCUCUGUUCUGGAUCCAGUGGAGUCCCCUGUCCUGCCCGUUGUCUAUAAUUGGACCAGCUGUGACUCCUGUAAUGUGACGGUGACCUGUAAAGGUCGUGACCUCUCUCUGACCUCCACCUGUGACUGCAGCACCUGCUGUCCAGAGGAAGAACAUUCCACUGACUCCACCCUCACCCUCUCUUUUGAAGCUGAUGUCAUCACCUGUAACCACAGCAACCCAGUCAGCUGGCAAAUUGCUACUAUGGACAUCAAAGCACUCUGUAGUAGAACUGGUCAAAAUCAGGAUCUAUCUCUUCCUGGACCAGUGUCUUCAUGGAUCAGAAUUGCUGGAGGUGCUCUGAUUGUGACUCUGUGCAGUGCUGCCCUCUACUGGUGGGUGAAGAGGCUGGAACGAGGAGUCACUGAGCAGUUUGUCCCAGCAGACUCUCCAUCCACCGCCGACACCAACGUGUGAACAGAAUCACAUCUAUCCUCGGAGGGCCAUGAAACCUAUCCAGCCAAUUAAGAGAAAUGAUGCUCCUGUGUCCUUUAUCACUGGGGUUUGAAACACCCAAGACCUC